CCAAGGAGGAUCAAAAUGAUGACAGAGUUUUCAUGUGAUGACACCGACAAGGGGCCACUGGUGCAGAUGCAUUGCCUCAGAGGGUUUCAACGGCAUCUAAAUUACCUGAAAAAGGAGAACUUCAGCCUGAAGCUUCGGAUCUACUUCUUGGAGGAGAAGAUCCAGCAGACGUUUGAGCAGAGCAGUGAUGACGUGCACAAGAAGAACAUCCAGUUGAAGGUGGAAGUUGAGAGUCUGAAAAAUGAGCUCAGUGAAAAAAAGAAGCUUCUGGACACAGUACCAAUUGCCACAGAGAAUCUGUCACCUGCAGAGAAGUUUCCAAGCCAUUCGCCUAAAUGUCAAAAGGACAUCAGCCCAAUGCAGGAAAUUCUUCAAACCAAAGUGGAGCUGUUACCAGAGGAGGCCCAACCGGCAAGAGACAAGGCUGAUCAUAUGGCUUUGCUCGCAUACUCUGAGACCACUGAGAACACUGUCAGGCUCAGGAGAGUUUAUAUGAUGACAAAGACAGGUUGAUUGAUGAGCUGGUGCAGAAGAAACAAUCGCUCAGCCUGCAGGUUGAACCGCUUGAGGUCAAAGUUCAAGACCUUUUUGCUUCCCUCCUAAAGAAAGAAG